AUGUGCUUACAGUUGGAAGAGCCUGGAUGCUGGAAUAUAGACAGGAAUCAAGCAGACAUAAAUCCUUGCUCUCACGGAGCUAAGCUUCAGCUAGAGGAGAUACACAAUGGGAAGGGGAGAGGGAGCAGGCCUGGCUUUGCCUCCACAAAGGCAAACCAUCUUAAGAAGCCGCUGAUGGAAGAGUCUUCCCUUUGGAAAGGCCACCUCCCCUCCCAUCAUCUCCAUCCCGUAGAGAGGAAAACCCAGGCUUGGUGUUGGCAGUCAGGCAGUUCAUCAGAACUGAAACCACCUAACCAGCAUCCACCACCCGCCCCCCCGCCCCGCCACUCAACCAUGACGAUGGUGCUCAGAGCCCUUGCAGAGGUGUGCUGUGGUCUCUCUGAGCUCAUCACGGCACCUUCCUAUGCAGGAGUUUCAAUUCAAGAAAAAGAUUGCAUGGAAUUUCAUUACGUGAACUUUGACAGUACAUUUAAGUACUUUAACAAUGGCAUGGCAACCUCUGAAAAUGAGUAA